CCGAUUGCGACAAGCGCUGAUUCGCCGAGAUGUAUUUCCCGAGCUCCCACCGGAAGCGGAAGUAAAGAAGCCAUAACGUUAAGCUAGCUCCACUGCUCCUCGUUAAGUUUGUUGUCGAGAAAAUGAUCAUCAACACCUAAGCCGAGGCGCUUUACAACUUUUUUUUAUUUUUAUUUUUUUGAGCGAUUCUUUUCCCGGAAGGCAAAUGGCCAAAGAAAAACGACACAAGAGAAGAGACUCGCCCGAAGUGAAAACGAAGGUGAAACAAGAGAAGCUAAGCCCCGCGAGGCCGCACAAAACACGACGCUCGCCCAAUGACAACAGAAGGAGAGCCAGCAGGUCGCCUGUCAGGACGAGGGACGACCGCUCGAACGGCAGGAGAGAGGCGUCCUCCCCUGGCCGGCGAGGCAGCAGAUCCCCUCGGAGGAGAAGUCCUCAUCGCAGUGCCGAUGUCAAGUUAAAGCGGGAGCGCGACGAGCAGCGUUCCGGUGGAGAAGAGCAGAGAAGACGAAACGAGCAGCCGCAGGAAAAGCGCGGCAGGGCGGAAUUGGAGCGGCCGCAUGAAAGCGAGCGCAACGGCGACAGACGCAGGGAACGGGACGCCGCCGCCUCGCAGCAAGCGGAGCGACGGCACCACGACGAGCAACGGCGGGAAAAGCGUCGACGGCGCGAAGAGAACCAGGAAGUGGACUUCGGCCAUCCGGAGGGCUCCGGCGACAGCCCGACGGACCCCCCCCACGCCGACAAGGAGAAGCCCAAUUUCGGCCUGUCGGGGGCGCUGACGGAAGACACCAACACGUUCCGCGGAGUGGUGAUCAAGUACAACGAGCCGCCCGAGGCGCGCGUUCCCAAGCGCAGGUGGCGGCUCUACCCGUUUAAGAACGACGAGCAGCUUCCCGUCAUGUACAUUCACCGACAGAGCGCCUAUCUGUUGGGGAGACAGCGGAAAAUUGCAGACAUUCCCAUCGAUCACCCGUCCUGCUCCAAGCAGCACGCGGUAUUCCAGUACAGAGUGACGGAGUUCACCCGAGCGGACGGCACCACGGGCCGUCGGGUGAGACCUUACAUCAUCGACUUGGCCUCGGGCAACGGCACUUACCUGAACAACCAGCGCAUUGAGGCGCAGCGCUACUACGAGCUCAAGGAGAAGGACGUGCUCAAGUUCGGCUUCAGCAGCCGCGAGUACGUCCUGCUGCACGAGUUCUCCGACACCAGCGAGGUGGACGCCAAGGAGGAACCCGAAGAAGAGGAGGACGAAGGCCUGGAUGAGUAAAAAAAAAAAAAAAAAAA